AUGGUGUCUCUCUGCCCUGCACAGAUUGGUGAACGCUCUAGUGAUGAUCAGUAUGCUGAACUAGAAGUGAUCCUUCCAGCCGAACUGACUGAGAGAGCUGCAGAGAAUCAAAAUGAUCUAUCAGGGUUCUCCUUUACCGUAUUUAAUGACACUGAACUAUUUGAGGAUGAAAAAAAUAGCACACUAUUAAAUCAACAAGUACUUGGAAUUUCUGUGGGAAACUCAAGCUUUCAGAACUUAAAAGAAGGUGUUUCCAUUAAAAUUAAUCACAGUGUCUCAACACCGAAUGAAUAUAUCCAUCAAUGUGUAUUCUGGUUUGAAAGUGAUGAUGAUAACAUCGCGGAUUCCUGGAAUUCCACGGGCUGUAGUACAACAGUGGAGGGUAAUCAAACCAUAUGCGUAUGUAACCACCUCACCUACUUUGCUGUGCUAAUGAAUCCGCGCGCAGACACAGUCGUUUUGGAUCAGGAGGACUUGACCGCAUUAACGUACAUCUCGAAGAUUGGCUGUGGGAUCUCGGCCUUCUUCGUAGCCGUCACGGUGUUUGUUUACUGCGUGAUCAGGAAGAACCAGAGGGAUCAUACCACCAAGAUCCACAUUAACCUCUGCAUUGCCUGCUUUCUUCUGAACGUGAAUUUCCUGGCCAACGAGUGGCUGAGCAAGCUGGCGAUUGAUGGACUCUGUAAGGCCAUUGCUGUGUUCCUUCAUUAUUCACUGCUGAGCACAUUAGCAUGGAUGGCAAUUGAAGGCCUUCAUCUCUACUUGAUGUUGAUCAAAGUGUUCAACAUCUAUGUCAGACAUUACAUAUAUAAACUGGCUUUCGCAGGUUGGGGCAUUCCUGCUGUGGUGGUGUUUGUGUGUGUUGGAGUGAACCCGGACAAUUAUGGGACGUUUGAGAUUCAUACACUGGACACAAACAGCUCUGUUUCAAUGUGCUGGAUAAAAAAUAACACAAUUCAUUAUGUUACAAACUGUGGAUUUUUCGGCCUGAUAUGGUUGAUGAACAUUGCAAUGAUGAUCACCGUCUGCACCAAGUUAACUCAGAUGCGAAACGAUACCCAUUCUGGGUCGAGACCUGUGUGUAAGGACAUGUGGGCCAUCCUUGGUCUCAGCGUUUUACUGGGCAUGACCUGGGGUUUGGCUUUCUUUUCAUUUGGAGAACAGAAGGUUCAAAUGUACCUGUUUUGCAUCCUCAAUUCCUUGCAAGGAUUUUUCAUAUUCUUGUGGUACUGCGCUGUAAAAAGAUCAGCCAAUGAACAAUCCACAAAUUACACCUCAGAUAAAUGAAGAAGAAACGGAAGUAAAACUACAUUCAUCGACAUAAUAAUUUUCCCAAAAAGGUUUAAAUUUGUAAUUAAGGGGUUGUGGGGGAGAAACUCACUCAAGGAGAGUUUUGCCUAAAAUUGGAAAAUACAAUGCUCAUACCGUUGUGUUGCAGUUUACAUGGGCGGAGCACAAGGUGUUGUUCCCCUGUUCUGCCUGGGUAGCCUACAAUCAAUAGUAGGUACAUGAGAUUGUCCAAUUGUGGGUAACAUUGAAUUUAGAACCUUCCCACUCUCGUACUCACUGCUCCACCCUCUCUCUUAUUCCAAUUCCCCUCUGGUUCUCCCAUUAUUGUAUUCCUAUCCCAUGCCCCCCAAUCCAUCACCCAUUCUUGCCCACUCCCCCUCCUGGUUCCAUCCACCUACUACACGCACAUGUCACCCCAGGCUCACCUCCUACCAUCUGGUUCCGGUUCUGCCGUCCAGCCCUCCCAGCCCCAACCCCUCGCCUAAUGGUUCCCAAUAUCACCUUCCUUACUUAUCUACGAUUCCUGCACUGGGUGGCAUCGAGUUCCUGCUUAUCAUCUUCCACCAACUGACUCCACCUUCACCCUCCCUUCUUCCCAUGGAGAUCCAUCCGCCUCUCUUUAUCCUUUGCUCUGCUUCCAUCUAUUAUCCACCUGUAAUCUACCUCUCAACUCCAUCCCUCCCCCUCACCUACCUAUCUCCAUUUGACCAUCAUUCUCACCCCUCGUUGAUCCAGCAAUCACCAAUGGCUCCUGUCCCACCACCUCCUCUCUCCCCUUUGCACUGGUUAUCUACCCUCUCCACGUCAGUCUUGAUGCAGGGUUUUGAUACAAAAUGUCAACAACUCCUUUCUCCCCAAAGAUCCUUUACUGUUUAACUUGUAAUAUUAGACCUGUUGUGCAUCUAUAACCAAAAUUGUCUGCUAUAGUACUCAGAAAAUAUUCCUUUACUCUAGUUUA